CGAUCCGAAACUGCUGGCCGCCGACUUGGCUGGGAGGCCGGCUCCGCACGAGCCCGGAGGGGUCGCCGGCGUCGCGGCCCCCGCACUGACAGGUGCUCCCAGCGACUCGCUGGUGACUCCUCGCCGCUCCCCCGGCUCCCCCGCGUCCCCACCCCCCUCUUUCCUCCCUCGCCUUCACCCCCACCCCCACCACUUCGGCACAGCUCAGGAUUUGUUUAAACCUUGGGAAACUGGUUCAGGUCCAGGUUUUGCUUUGAUCCUUUUCAAAAAACUGGAGACACAGAAGAGGGCUCUAGGAAAAAGUUUUGGAUGGGAUUAUGUGGAAACUACCCUGCGAUUCUCUGCUGCCAGAGCAGGCGCGGCGCUUCCACCCCAGUGCAGCCUUCCCCUGGCGGCGGUGAGAGAGACUCGGGAGUCGCUGCUUGCCCUGUGCCCGCCGUGCGUGAGCGCUCGCCCCACUCAGCCAAAUGCUCCUCUUCGGGCUUCUCCUGCUGACAGCUGCCCUGGCCGGCCAGAGACCCGGGACUCAGGCUGAGUCCAACCUCAGUAGUAAAUUCCAGUUCUCCAGCAACAAGGAGCAGAACGGAGUACAAGAUCCUCAGCAUGAGAGAAUUAUUACUGUGUCUACUAAUGGAAGUAUCCACAGCCCGAGGUUUCCUCAUGCUUAUCCAAGAAAUACAGUCUUGGUAUGGAGAUUAGUAGCUGUAGAGGAAAAUGUGUGGAUACAACUUACAUUUGAUGAAAGAUUUGGGCUUGAGGACCCAGAAGAUGAUAUAUGCAAGUACGAUUUUGUAGAAGUUGAAGAACCCAGUGAUGGCACUGUCCUAGGACGCUGGUGUGGCUCUGGUGCUGUACCAGGAAAGCAGAUUUCUAAAGGAAAUCAAAUCAGGAUACGAUUUGUAUCUGAUGAAUAUUUUCCUUCUGAACCAGGGUUCUGCAUCCACUACAACAUUGUCAUGCCACAAUUCACAGAAGCUGUGAGCCCUUCAGUGCUACCCGCUUCAGCAUUGCCACUGGACCUGCUUAAUAAUGCCGUCACUGCCUUUAGUACUUUGGAAGAUCUUAUUCGGUAUCUUGAGCCAGACAGAUGGCAGUUGGACUUAGAAGAUCUGUAUAGGCCAACUUGGCAACUUCUUGGCAAGGCUUUUGUUUUUGGAAGAAAAUCCAGAGUGGUGGAUCUGAACCUGCUGAAAGAAGAGGUGAGGUUGUACAGCUGCACCCCUCGUAACUUCUCCGUGUCCAUAAGGGAAGAAUUAAAGAGAACCGAUACCAUUUUCUGGCCAGGUUGUCUCCUGGUUAAACGCUGUGGUGGCAACUGCGCCUGUUGUCUGCACAAUUGCAAUGAGUGUCAGUGUGUCCCCAGCAAAGUCACUAAAAAAUACCAUGAGGUCCUGCAGUUGAGACCAAAGAUCGGCGUCAGGGGUUUGCAUAAAUCACUCACCGACGUGGCCCUGGAGCAUCACGAGGCAUGUGACUGUGUGUGCAGAGGGAACGCGGGAGGGUAAAGGUCCCCGGCGGGCCUUUCCCAGAGCUGCGCGGGGCAGCGGCCGACGCCCACGGCGAACUGAGGCUCAAGUGAUCUCCUCCCAUAACCUCACUCGUUUGCUUCAAGGACCUCCAUCUUCAGGAUUUGCAGCGCGUUCUGAAAGAGGAGAUACCCAGGAAUUAGGAGUUGCGCAGCAGCUCUUUGGCCCAAAGGACAGGAGACAAGCUCUUCAAUCGUGGGAGGAAAAGAAGAGGUGCGGCUCCCUAGCUAGUCACCCGGUCGCCAUGCUCGCACUCCGCUCGCUGCCUUCUGUACUUCGGCUGUGGUGACAGGACUUAGGUCAGCGUCAGGAGAGGGAAGACUGCAAGCGAACGGACACCUGCUUCUGUUCCCUUCCGCGACUGCACAGCUCCGCGCUCUGGGCCUCAACUCGCAGAGAGUCUGGAAAUGUUUCCUUGUAUUCACAUAUGUAAACCAGAAUUGUGUUCUGAAAACUUGGUUUUUCAAAAGGAACUCUGUUGCUAUGAAUUACAGGUGUGUGGUGAGAAAGACUGGAUUUUCCAUAUUUCUUAAUAAAAUCUCUGCCAUUUAGAAGAAAAGAACUAUAAUGAUGGUUUGGAAGAGGCAGACCUUAAAAGAAGAGUGGCCUUAUCCUCACUUUAUCUAUAAGUUGGUUUAUUUGUUUUAUUGUGUACAUUUUAUAAUCUCCUUUUGACAUUAUAACUGUUGCCUUUUCUAAUCUUGUUAAAUAUAUCUAUUUUUACCAAAGGUAUUUAAUAUUCUUUUUUAUGACAACCUAGAUCAACUAUUUUUAGCUUGGUAAAUUUUUUUCUAAACAGAAUUGUUAUAGCCAGAGGAACAAAGACAAUAUAAAAUAUUGUUGCUCUGACAAAAAAAUACAUGUAUUUCAUUCUUGUAUGGUGCUAGAGCUUAGAGUAAUCUGCAUUUUAAACUAUUAAGUGGGAAGUCAAUAGAAUUGGUAAGUUGGAAUGACUUUGAAAAUAAUUAAAUUAUCCUGUCUUCUACCCCUGUUAUUGGGUAUGCAAAUAAAAUACAACAUAUGAAAGAAGACAUGCAGAUCCAAUCAUUACUAACCUAACCCUUCUGGGGGGGAUUGUGAGCCUAGCUCAGAAGACCAUGAAGCACCUUGAAAACAGAGACUUGGCAGCUUCCUCACAAGGCGUGCUUUCCUGUGCUGUAGGAACACAUCCUAUUUAUUGCGAUGUUGCAGUUUUAUUAUCUUUAAACUCUGUUCCAUACACUUGUAUAAAUACAUGGAUAUUUUUAUGUACAGAAGUAUAUCCUUUAGCAAGCCCACUUACUAUACUCUUUGGCAAUUGAAAAGAAAAUCAGUAAACUACUUUGCUUGUAAAAUGCUUAAUAUUGUGCCUAGGUUAUGUGGUGACUAUUUUAAUUAAAAAUGUAUUGAAUCAUCAAAUAAAAGAAUGAGGCUAUUUUGGGGAGAAACUGUGUGUGUGUAUGUGUGUGUGUAUCUGCAUGUGGGCACAUACCUGAACAUGUGCAGGCAUGUGUGCACACAUGCAAGAGUUAUCACUUGGACUCCAAGAAAUGGAAAUGAUAAACGUUAGUGAUACCAUGGUUUUCCUGACCCAAUGAAUUACAGGUGUCAUUUCCAAAGACAGGUAGAAAAGGACUCAUUCUCUAGAGGAUUCCAGGUCUUUUCUUUCCUUUGCCUUUGAGCAGAGCUUUCUUUUCCUUGUGGUCUUCAUCAUGAUUCUUGGUAAAUAAACUAAAACUUGAGAGUUAUGAGUGAUUUAUGAUCUGUGAGUCAUGAUUGCUCAGUGAUUGUAAAAUGAGGAGAAAAAAACAGUAUGUUUUUACUUAUAUCUUCAUCUUCAAAGGCAACUACUGGAUGGGGUGAGCAUUAAAGUGUUCCACAUAGCACACUUCAAAGAACGGUGUCUCAGUUCCAGGGGGAGACACCUUUUCAGGGCCAGUGUCUUAAAUACCCUUUCCUUAGGUCUUGAGUUGUCAGAGAUGGCCUCCUGCUGAGCGCCAUACAGUCUUCCAACCACUCUUCCGUGUUUUGUAUUUCUACAUCUUUCGGUCCUACCCUGCUCCCAACCACAUGAAAAGUGAGUGAACCAAAUAAGCAUGGAUGUACUGUCUCACUUUAUUAUAUUUUAAUAUUUUUGGCUUGGCCCUAUGAAGCCCUAACAGAACUUAACUGUACUCCUUAGAAAAUACAGGCACCUAGCAAUUUUCAAUGUUCAUUGGCAGAGUAAAGACCCUAUGAAAUCUUACAGUAAAUGACCUGUUUAACAGUUUAAUGCUACUUCCAACCUUGAAUUAGAUACUCUCUUCCCCUUCUUUUUUUCAUAUUUAUUUUUUUGUUUGCCUAAAAUUUUGACAGGCGAAAGAAAUUACUCUUUGAAUGUAGCAGUCAGUGGUGAGAAGGGUAGGAGGAUUAACCGCAAUAUAACCACUUACUCAUAGACCUUAUGUGAUUUUCACUUAGGAAAAAUUAAUCUGUUAGUCACAUGGACCUAAUUACUCAGAAGUUCAGGAAGCAUUGACUGUAUUGGCCAAACCCUGUUUUGCACACGGUAUCUGUGUUUCUUACCUUUGUCCCUGAAUGACGGACUCUUGUGCACAGUGAUGUUUAUGAAAAUAAACCAAUGAGGCUGAAUUGUUCCUAGGCAGGUGCUUGUGUCUACAUUUUUUGUACAUUGCUACAUCGCCUCCCUCAG